UCUGUCCAAGAAAUCUCAGGUUAAAUGGAAGUCACCCUCGGGAGCUGGAUGCCUGUGUAGUACAUCUACCACAUCAGGAGAUUGCGAUGAGUGGGGGAGGAGAGCAGCCAGAUAUCCUCAGUGUUGGUGUCUUGGUCAAAGAAAGAUGGAAAGUGUUGAGAAAAAUAGGAGGUGGGGGCUUUGGAGAAAUUUACGACGCCUUGGACUUGCUCACCAGGGAAAAUGUUGCGUUGAAGGUAGAAUCAGCUCAGCAACCAAAACAAGUUCUAAAAAUGGAAGUCGCUGUAUUGAAGAAACUGCAAGGCAAAGACCAUGUUUGCAGAUUCAUUGGCUGUGGGAGGAAUGAUCGGUUCAAUUAUGUGGUCAUGCAAUUGCAGGGUCGGAAUCUGGCUGAUCUUCGUCGUAGCCAGUCUCGGGGAACAUUCACCAUUAGCACGACCCUGCGGCUGGGUAAACAGAUUUUGGAGUCCAUCGAGAGCAUUCAUUCUGUGGGCUUCUUACACCGAGACAUCAAGCCGUCAAACUUUGCCAUGGGCCGGUUUCCUAGUACUUGUAGAAAAUGUUAUAUGCUGGAUUUUGGCUUGGCUCGACAGUUUACCAAUUCCUGUGGUGAUGUCCGACCACCUCGAGCUGUGGCAGGAUUUCGAGGAACAGUCCGGUAUGCAUCAAUCAAUGCUCAUCGAAACAGAGAAAUGGGAAGACACGAUGAUCUUUGGUCUUUGUUCUACAUGUUGGUAGAGUUCGUAGUUGGACAACUGCCUUGGAGAAAAAUAAAAGACAAGGAGCAAGUGGGUUCUAUUAAGGAGAGAUAUGAGCACAGACUUAUGUUGAAACAUCUCCCUACAGAAUUCAGCAUCUUUCUGGACCAUAUCUCCUCUUUAGAUUAUUUUACCAAACCUGAUUACCAGCUUCUUACAUCCGUGUUUGACAACAGCAUCAAGACUUUUGGAGUAAUUGAGAGUGACCCUUUUGACUGGGAGAAGAGUGGAACUGAUGGCUCCCUAACAACCACCACUACUUCCACAACCCCUCAGUUACACACUCGCCUAACACCAGCUGCAAUUGGAAUUGCAAAUGCCACCCCUAUUCCAGGAGACUUACUUCGAGAAAAUACAGAUGAGGUAUUUCCAGAUGAACAGCUCAGUGAUGGGGAGAAUGGUAUCCCUGUUGGUGUAUCACCAGAAAAACUUCCUGUAUCUGUGGGACACCCUCGUCCUCAGGAGAAGGAUGUCUGGGAAGAAAUGGAUAUCAACAGGAACAAGAUAAAACUGGGGAUCUGUAAGGCUGCUACAGAAGAGGAGAAUAGUCAUGGUCCAGCAAAUGGUAUACUGAAUGCUCCAAGCCUUGGUUCACCAAUUCGUGUCCGCUCUGAGACAACCCAGCCAGAGAGAGAUGUCCCAUUGGUACGAAAGUUACGGUCUAUCCACAGUUUUGAGUUGGAGAGGCGUCUGACCUUGGAGUCAAAGCCAGACACUGACAAGUUUCUGGAGACUUGCUUGGAAAAAAUGCAGAAAGACUCCAGUGUGGAAAAGGAACCAGUUCCCCCUGCUUCUCUUCUUCAUAAGCCCUGUGCUCCUGCUGUGACCCGUACUGACCACAUCUGGCACUAUGAUGAAGAGUACCUCCCAGACGCUUCUAAGCCUGCGUCUGCCAACUCUCCAGAGCAGGCAGAUGGUGGUGGGAGCAAUGGAUUCAUAGCUGUCAACCUGAGCUCCUGCCAGCAGGAGGUUGAUUCCAAGGACUGGGUGAUUGUGGACAAGGAGCGGGACCUUCAUGAUUUCAGGACGAAUGGGGCUUUAGGGCAUAAAACUGGAAGCCCUUCAGAUGAGGAACCUGAGGUGCUGCAAAUCCUCGAGGAAUCUCCUCAAGAAGAACAGCAUAAACUAGGUCCUUGGGUAGAAGAUGAUCAUAAAAAAAAUGGAGCCCCCAGUGUGGUCUUGGCACUGUCGGUGGCGUGUCCUGCCACUGCAGCAUCAGAGCAAUAUGCAGAUAGACUAGAACUCCAGACUGGAGCUGCGGGCCAGUUUCUUGCAGCCACACCCACCAGCCCAAUGGAGGCUCAAGCAGAAGGACCUCUCACACCAGUCACGAUUCCCAGACCCUCUGUGGCAUCCACACAGUCCACUUCAGGAAGCUUUCAUUAUGGCCAACCCUUGGAGAAGAAGGAUCUUCAGCCUCUGGAACACACUGUCGAACUUUACUCUCCAAGGGAAAAUGUGUCUGGUGUGGUGGGGACAGAGGGUGAACUUCCUAGUGGUGCCAGCAGAACAGACUGGGUGCUCCCCUUGGAUCAUCUAAGUCAGGAUAACGCUCUGCGGGAAGGCCUCACUAGGGAAUGUGUCAAAUCCCAAGAUUCGGUUCCAAAAGAGCUGUCUAACCAUAACAACAUCAAAGUGGCCACGAAAGAAUUUGAGACUCUCCCUGUGGGAGCUGAAGAAAAGAGCACUGUGUUGGGGUCAGACAAUGAGGAAGAGAAAUUGGGCAAAGGGCACUGUUUCAUUGAGAUUUCUAAUCUUCCAGGAGAUUUAGAAAGGGAGCAUUCACCUACUCCUGAACCUGUUGAAGAAUUCAGGACACAGACUUUCUGCUUGGUGCCAAAUCAGGACACAAAUCAUGAGAUAAUGAAGCUUCUGGCAGGUACAGCUUCAGAAAUUUCUCCAGUGCGAGUCAUCCACCCACAUGGUGAAGGACAGAUAGAUCAAGUGGUGGUACAAAAAAGUAAGUUACAGAGAGAUGAGGAUAUCAGUAAGGGGGAAGGUGUGCCCAGUCACCAAGGGGAUCUUUCUGCUUUUUUACAUCAAGAGGGUAAGAAAGAGAAAAUUUCCCCUCGAAAUGGAGAGUUGUUCCAUUGCAUUUCAGAGAAUGAACAUUCUCCUACGUCCAGGAAGGAUGUCAUUAGAUCAUCCUUUAUAACUAGACACAGUCGCAUCCCUGUUCUAGCACAAGAGAUAGACUCAACUUUUGAGACCUCUUCUCCAGUUUCAGCAAAAGAAAAACUACUUCAAAAGAAGGCUUAUCAGCCAGAUCUAAUCAAGCUGCUGGUGGAGAAAAGACAACUCAAGUCCUUCCUUGGUGACCUCUCAAGUGCCUCUGACAAAUCACUAGAGGAGAAGUUAGCUGCUGUUCCUGUUCCCUUUCCUGAGGAUGAAGUCUUCACUCCCUUUUCAAGACUGGCAAUAGACCCUCACUUGAGCAGGUCAGCUGAGGAUGGCUUUCUGUCACCUCUCAGCUCCCAGGCUAGAAAGAGUAAAAUUCCACGGCCAGUUACCUGGGCUAACCCAGACCAAGUCAGUAACUCAGCCUCAGCUCAGUUCUUUCCUCGGCCACCACCAGGAAAGCCUCCAACUAGACCUGGAGUAGAAGCCAGGUUACGUAGGUAUAAAGUCCUAGGGAGCAGCAACUCUGAUUCAGACCUUUUCUCCCGUCUGGCUCAAAUUCUUCAAAAUGGAUCUCAGAAAUCUCGGGGCUCUACUCAGUGUAAGAGUCCUGGUUCCCCUCACAGUCCAAAAACACCCCCCAAGAGCCCAGUUGUCCCUCGGAGAAGUCCCAGCACCUCCCCACGAAGCUCUUCCUUGCCCCGCACUUCAAGUUCCUCACCAUCCAGGGCUGGACGGCCCCACCAUGACCAGAGGAGUUCAUCCCCACAUCUGGGGAGAAGUAAAUCACCUCCCAGCCACUCAGGAUCCUCAUCUUCGAGGAGGUCCUGCCAACAGGAGCACUGCUGUCUUAAACCCAGUAAGAAUGGCAUGAAAGGAUCUGGCAGCCUCUACCACCAUUCUGCCAGUCCCAAAACUCCCCCAGGGAAGAGUAAGUCAGCCAGUAAACUCAGCAGAUAGGAACCAAGCUGUGUCCCUAUCACAGGUGUGAAAUCCUCCUAAACCUGAUGCAUGUUGUGUCUGUGUACUGUAUAUUUUGGGGAAAAAAAAAUCAGUGUUGACCUUCACUUGCAAAAGAAAGUAACAUAUGAUAAAUUAUUUCUGAAAAGAAUGUGUGACAAAGAAUUACCCAAAGGCAGGCAGCAAGCAGAUCAGAAAUCAAAGAGUAUAUUUGCGUGCAAAGGAGACAGUCCAGCAAACUCAUUUGGGUGAAACUCACCAAGUCCAGUAAUCUCUAAUUUCUUAGCUGCUUUUAAAAAGAGAGAGUUGUCAAGGAGGCUGAAUGAAGUUUACAGUUUUGGCCUACUUUUUACUUAAUGGUUACUUAAACAAAAUCUGAAAACUCUUUAAUAUUUUCAUCGCUCAGAUCAUUUUAGUGUGUUUAAGAAAAUAUGCUGUCUGGAAGCCAGUAAUGAUGAGUUCUUUGCUUAUGUGUCCAUAUGGUGUGUUGGGUCUUUAUGUAAUCUUGCUCUAAGUCCAGGUAACCUCUUUGGAAUUCAACUUUGUGAGCUUGUCUUGACCACAUAAUUCAUUCUCCCUUCUCUCACCAGGCUCAUCUUCUAAAAUAUAUAUUUUAACAUGUACUAAAAGAGCUUUUAGCAGUGUUUGCUAGGACUUUCCUUAGCUAUCUCAAAUCCAGAGAAUGUCUUAGUUCCCUCAUAUUGUCCUUUGAGGCAAAAGCAGUACAGUUCAGUACAUUCUAUGUGGUUGGCAGAUAACUAAAGACCUUCUUUCUGGAAUACAUAGGAGAGAUGGGGAAUGUCCACAGAUUAAUUUGGAAGCCUGAACCUUUACACUAGCAGCAACUUGGAAGGGUUAUAGGAGGUAUGACAGUUCAAGUGGAGGAGCCCACUUGCCUGUAAGCUUACCUUGCUAUAGUCCCAAUCCUCAUUCCCUAGCUCCUUGGAGCACCAGUUAUUUUCAGUAUCAACUUCCAAGAUGUUUCCAUAAAGAGUAAAUGGGAAAGGAACACUGGGAUGUCUCUCCAUUUCUACAUCUCAGGGUUACCUUCUCCUCCUCCCCAGAAAAGGGAAUAAAUUAUGUUGUUGAUGGAGAUGAUCCUCGAGCCUUACAUUUUAUAAGUUACCUAAUAUCUAGAAUUGAAUAUCUGGGGAAAUAAAGCUGGAAGAUCAGGCUUAGUUAUCUUUGGAGGCUUUUUAACCCAUCUUUUGCUUCUAGAAGGUUAUACCCCUGUGCCUCAGAUUAAUAAUGCUAAGCUUCCCUUCCUAAUUUGUGUAUGGUCUCAGUUAGUGACUAUGGAGGACCUUGGUGGGAACCCUCCCAUCAUAUGCUUCUCCCUCUAAAAUGGACCAGCCAAAAUGAAAUGACCUCAGACUUUGAAUUGGCCAUCUUUGUACUUCCUAUCCCUGACAUGCUGGGUGUUGUGGAAACCUGAUCAGGGUCAGAUAAAUGGGUCUGCUUGCUGUUGAUCUCUGCCUGCCAGCAAACAUCUGCGCUUUUUCCUUUAACCUUGUAUUUGUUGCCAAACCUCAUUCUCUUGGUUUGAAAAAGGAAUAUUUCUUCUCUGAGUAAAUAUGUUCUGAUGCUGCAUCAAUGUAGCCCUGAAGCUGCACUGAACUUUUCUCUUAGUUUAUGUUGGACUUAAAAAAAACAACAACAAACAAAACAUUCUCCAUGUGUGUACUGUCUCCUAUAAGUAAUGUAGCACAGUAGGAAACCUUAAUUUCUUUUAGGUUUCAAGCACUAUAGAGGAAUGCAAUAGGUAGGGAAUACCUGCUGUUCCUGAAGCAACUGUAAUGUUGGCAAGGCCGAUCUCUCUGUAUUAUAUUGUAUAAUAGUUGCUAUAACAUUUGCAUGUCUUCAUGGUAAAUUAUAUUAUAUAAAUAUUUAUAAAUAUAUAUAGACACAUAUACGUAUAAAUUCAAUUCACUCUCAUGUUCCAUUUGUAAUUUACAGACCGCAGAUGAUGAAAUCCCCUUUCUAUUGCGUGCCUCAAAUACACUUGGGCCUUGCGUCUUCAUUUUCUGAAAAUGUUUUCUUGGCAUGUGACACCUCAGACAGAUUCUGCCUUCCCCAUGUAAGGUCUAAGGGUUGGCAGUUCUCAAAUAAGCCAGGUUUUAGAAGUGUAGUUUAAAUUUUCAUUUAAAGAGAGCUUUUAAUAGGAAAAAAUACUUGAAAGUGUUUGUAUUACUGGUUCAAAGAUUCGUCACGUUAAUCUCACAGUUCUGUCGUCAUGGUUACAGCAGAUAAUCUGGGAUGAUGAUCACGGUUUAAGUCCAGUGACAAAGAGAAUGCCAUGCUAGGUUAGCAUGAAUUGAUAAAAGAAUCCCUAUUAUCAUUCCAUUUUGCUUUCUUCACUUUUAUUGGGUACUUUAUAAGCUUCUGAUAUCAGAGCUAUAUAAUUUUUUAUUUUGUUGUAUUGGCUAAUCUGUGCUAAAAGUAGCCUGCUUUAAGUCCUGUUCUCUCCAGUCAGAACUGUGCUAGUUAUAAUCCAUUUUGAAGAGCUGUUGUUGCAGAUGUGGCUACUAUUGUAGCAUAUGUAUUGAUCUUACUUGCCUGCUGGCAUCUUUGCCGAGUUUUCCCCAAACCAACACUGAAGUCAGAGUGGCAUUUGAAUGUGUUUUUCCCCUUUUGGUUCUCCCCAUCAUACCCUUGACCUUUCCACUGUGCUGCCCUGCUUUUUCAUAAGAAGCACUGGCAAAGUUUGUUAAGCCUCAAAUAUUUCACAUCAGGAUUCAGAGAUAAGCAGCCAUCAUUAUGUAAGAAUAUUUUAUCUUGCAUGUUAAAGGAAGAGUUAACCAAAGAUGUGUUUCUGCUCUCUCUGCUUCCUUUUAGGGGGAAAACCCACAGAGUUAUCUCUACCCUCAUAUAUUAUUAAGUGUAUUUAAAAGUACAUGUCCUAUAUAGAGUAUCCAAUAUAAAUGUUUUUUUAAAGCAUAGUUAUCCUUGCACGGAUUAUUUGUGGUUUUAAAUGUUGAGUGUCACUCGGGCUAAAAUUAGAGUGGCAUUCCUGAGCAGAGCUGGCUCAGGACUUUUUUUUUGGCGGGGGGGAAUCUUGGUGUUUUUUUUUUUAAGUUAAGAUGCAUUAAGAAUGAUUUUUUUUUUCCUCUAGUGGUGACAUAUUGCAGAAUUGAAUGACAAGCAUAGUUUAUCCAAUGUUACUAAUUUAAAAGCAGUUCAUUUGAUUAUCCUAAAUAGGAAUGUGUUGAAUUUGGGGGUUUAGGGGUAGGUGCUAAUCAAAGUCAAAUAAAACUAUAUUAAAAUGCAAAGACAAAAAAAUAUUAAAAAUGUAAGGUAAAAGCCAGAACUGCAUUAUGGGAACUUAUGUGCCUCAGCUGAAUUGAGGUUGGGAAGGCAAGCCUUUUGACAGCCUGCAAUUCCUGGGUGCUCUAACAGUUAUCAACUCACACUCCUCCUAAACUCCCCUUUCUUCUCCAGUUCUUUGUAUUGCUUCAGUCGAGCAGAAGACAUGGUCAGAAACAUUUUAGUCCCCUUAAGUUGCUAUAUGAUCUUGUCCUGAAUUAUGCUUCCCAGGGAUUGGAGAUUGGUUGAGACAUUCAAUUAAAAUUCUAUGUGGUAAUCUCUGCAUAUGUUUUCACAUAUGAAGAUAUUUUUGUGGGACCAGAUUUAACAUGUGGUGAAUGUAAAGAGGAAAAUUGGAUUGGAUAAAAUUUAAUCUUAAAGCUACUGCCUAGAAUUAUGAGAAUCUCUGAAUUUUAGACUUGUUCAGAGAUGUACUGUUUCUCUAAUUCACCAUUCCUAUGCAAGCUGGCUUUGCUGAUAAAGAUGUAUUUACUCUUAAAUUUUAAGUUGCAUGGUGUGAAUUCCAUUUUUUUAUAAAUGUUGCCAAGAUAAUCAAGCCCCAAAUAACUAGCAAAAUAGUAAUAUUUAUUGGAACCCAUUGCAGUCAACAUACACUUUAUAUUCUUUGCUUUUUUCACUCAAAAGAAGUCUUUGCUACUUACUAAUGCAUUAUACUACACGCAUAAUUUUUUAAAGACUAUGUAAAAGACUCCUUGAUUAACCUCAGUAAAUGACCACAUUGGGAACAUUUUUGCACAGCUGCUGGGAAGGCACUCAAAUCUUACAGAAGCACGGAUGAAAUUCCUUCCAGUCUAUAGAUCUCUGUGCUAAUGUUUUUCAAGGUUGCAUUUAUUUUGCAAGGAGAAAGCAUAGCUUUAUGCAUGUAAAAACACAGAUAGUUAAAACCAUAACUAACACUUCUACAUGGGGUGACCAAGUUGAAACAGAAUUAGAUUUUUCUAUUGGGGGGGUCCUAGUUUGGGAAAUUUCAUUCCUUAUUAGGGGUUAGUGAUAGAGAAACAGUAUACCAGAAAUCAGAAUUUAAUAGCCUGGGGGUGGGGGAAGUGCAUUUGACUCUUUGGGUAUUUUAAAUUAUUUAUCUAUAAAUAGUAAGUCAAAUUUAGUGGUCACAGGUAACUAAGCUCUUCAGAUUUUAAAAAGUAUAUAUUUUGGGUUCCUUUGUUUCCAACAAAAAGUGCACAGGUAUAAGAGAACCAUCACCUCUGUUUUGUUCCUGUUCUUUUGUAAUCUUGUUAAGUAGGAAGCCUCAGAUGUACCCAUUUUUGUUUACAUACGUGUCCUUCAUCUCAGGUGAGAAUGGUCACUUUAGCACCAAUACCACUAGUGCUGAGAGAGAAAAAGAAAUUUAUUUUUUGCCUUUGGUUCUGUAGACAAGGCAGACACGGUCUUGUUAGUCUUGUUUUCAAAAUAAAAGAGAGAAAGAAAUGUUUAAUGCUCAAGGGACGUAGCCACCGUGGCUUUCCCCCAAGAUCAUCACGUACUUAGCUUAGGGAACCUACAGGUGCAUGAUAACACUCGACUUCAGCAUGGGGGAGUGAUCUGAAACUCCCAACAGUCUGAUUUUGGAGGGAAUGGGUCAGGGUAACUGUGUCAAGGAACCCCUACACCUGCUCCCACGGAACGUAACCGCGGUGGGUUUACAGCACCAUUUAAGAAAACUCUAAUAAUUUUUGCUGUUCCCCCCCCACACAGUGGGCAGGUUUACCCACAAACCUUGGAUCUUAUAGGAACUGCACAUUAUGGAAAGGGAGAUUGGGUAUCCCAACAUAGCAAGGGAGAGUAGCAAAAGCUACACAGAAAAUUUUUGAAGUCAUUCUGUGAGUCCAGUGAGUGAAUGCUUCCUUGGUUUUGGAUGCCUCAUACCCCAUGUUCUCCCAGAUCCAGUGUUCCCUGCUAGAUAUGACACUACUUUAUAAAAAGCCAAACUCCUCUGUGAAGCAGAGAUUUGGUGAUUUGAUGUCCUUGUACAAAAAAUAAAAUAAAAUUGUAUGUAAAGGUUCUUCAUAAGACAAACAUGACCAGAUAAAGCAUCACUUUGGCAUUUAUUGCAAUCUGGUGACUGCCUAGAGCUUUUAGACACAGAAACUGAGAAAGUUACAGAGUCAAGGAGUGAGUCUUCUACAUGUUUAGUAAUUACUUGAAUCCCAUUCCCUCUUCAUGUCCUUCCCUCCCAUUUUUGUUUCCAACAGUAAAUUUCAAGAACAAUAAUUUGGCAUUCUUCCUGUCAUUCCCUUAUGAGGUCAUAAUGGAAUUCUGAAUGUCCUCCUAAUGUAUAGUAGAAAUGAUAGGAUGGGUACAACUUGCUUCCUUAUCAUGAGCUUGCUUUUUAUCAUGAGCUGUGCAGCCCUACUUUCCCCAGAUGCCCAUCUACCUAGACGAGGGGGAAAAAAUGAAGCAGGUCAUUGAGUAAAUAGUUUCUUGCCCUGUAGAGGCUGCUGAUCACACAAACUGUUAUGAACACUCGUCUGGUAUACUUUCCCUCUAUCUUUAGCAAAUAUUGGGUGCCACAUUUGGGUGCUUAAGAAACUGUACAGAUCACAGCCUAGUUGUGAAGUUCCUUAGUAAGUCAGAUGAGCUUUCAGGAUACAAUACUGUACUGUUAUACAAAUUGCAAUUCAUAUCUCUAAGUCACUCACAUCACAGAAACUAGAUUUUUUUUGUCAGUUUGAUUUUAAAUGUACUUUUUCUUUCAUGUGGGCAUAUUUUCAUUCACUUCUAAGGGGUAAAUAGAUCUAUUUCUUCUCAGACCCUAAAAGACCAGUGCUUGAAUAUCAAUCCAUGGAGGGGUGGGGUGAGGGGAGAGGGAAGAGGCAGUUGGGGUGGAAGAAGUCACAAGACUUCAAAAUCCAUGAGUUUUUCAAACUACUCACAGAGUUUUUGGUUACUAAGAUAAGAGAUGGCACCAAACUGUAAAAUUGGGCCACUCAAGAUUUUCAUGAAAAGACACCCGCAGAGAAGGCAGACUGAUUAAAGAUGAAAGUAGAAUGAAGUCUGUUCCACAGACGCUUCAGUCUGGGUCCAUUAGGUUCCUUGAACAUGCUGCUCUUUGGGGAACACUCCACACUAGGUUUCAGUUAUAUACUGGUUCUGCUUUUGGCUGCUUUCCUCAAACAGCCAAUGCCUACAUCAUUGUGCCACUUUCUUUUACCUAGACAUUCCUAACUUUUUAAAACAGGAAAAAGUUUUGAACCAGGAAGUAAACUUAGGAAGCUGUGAAUUGUUAGUGGCUGCUAAAUCAGACUCAAACAGCAAGUUAAGGGUAGGAUUUCUUUCUUAGUGAAUCCAACAAAUAAGUUACCUGAAUGCUCAUUUGAUGAUUCUACUUGACCCCCUGUCAAUCAGUGACAGGACCUAGGAAGAUGAGAAGCUGUUUUGUGAAAAUAUUUAGGUACUGAUGUAAAUGGCACAUUAGUAAGACUGUCUUCUGAUUUUAUUUCCUUCCAAAGGUACUGUAUACAAAAGUGUCCCCUACAAACAACACCCUUCCCCUUUUUUUCCCUCCAUUUUUUGCUCAGGCAACCAAGGACAUAAGGUAUCUGCAGAAACAUGAGCGCUUUCAUAUCGGCCGUUUGUACAUAAAAGUGUAAUUAUUUAUUUAAUUUUCCCAUUUGUAUCAUAUUAAGGCUUUGUACAGUGUUUUAAGUUCUGUUUUCAAAUUAUUUUGUAUUUUAUUUUUAUAAACUAGUAAUAAAAUAUUCAUUCCGCAUGCAAA